CUCUUAAUUACAGACACGCUAGUCCGGACUCCCCUACUCUUACUUACAGACACGCUAGUCCGGACUCCCCUACUCUUAUUUACAGACACGCUAGUCCGGACUUCCCUAAUCUUACUUACAAACACGCUAGUCCGGACUUCCCUACUCUUACUUACAGACACGCUAGUCCAGACUCCCCUACUCUUACUUACAGACACACUAGUCCGGACUCCCCUACUCUUACUUACAGACACACUAGUGGCGGUUGGCCAAGUGUGUAUUUUAUUAGUGCUGUCAUUUGUUAAGUUGUCUGUUAUUUCUUUAUUGAUUUACUUCCUAAUCUUACUUACAGACACGCUAGUCCGGACUCCCCUACUCUUAAUUACAGACACGCUAGUCCGGACUCCCCUACUCUUACUUACAGACACGCUAGUCCGGACUCCCCUACUCUUACUUACAGACACGCUAGUCCGGACUCCCCUACUCUUACUUACAGAAACACUAGUCCGGACUUCCCUACUCUUACUUACAGACACACUAAUCCAGACUUCCCUACUCUUACUUACAGACACGCUAGUUCAGACUUCCCUACUCUUACUUACAGACACGCUAGUCUGGACUUCCCUAAUCUUACUUACAGACACACUAGUCCGGACCUCCUAA